AUGUCAUAUCAGAAGCUGGGGAGUAGCUCUUGUGGUGACACUUUGAGGGUUCUUGAGGCUGAUAUUCACCUGGCAAAUGCAAUGGCCGCCGCAAUUCCAAAUGCAAAGAAUGGUGCACGCGUUCAAAUGAAACUGAUCUGCAAUCACUUGACUACUAUUGUUCUGUUUUUCCUCCGAUGGAUUGAUUGCUCCUGCACGUGUCUCUUCCCGAAAUAUCUGAAUCUUUUUGAUAUACUUAUCUACAAGGUUUAUAUGGACGGAAGGCCGAUAAAGACUCUUGGACGGAAAGCUAAAGUUCAAGACUUCUAUGCCAUCAUAUUGCCAACACUCUUGCAACUCCAUCAUGACUUUGUGGCGCCCGAUAAUACGGAAGAUGAAAAUAUGGGUCCUAAAAGUAUUGGUAAAAAGAGACUAGGAAGCGGUGGAUUGGCCAACUUAGGUACAGAGAGAGAUGAUGAAUGUGGGAUAUGCUUAGAGCCUUGCACCAAAAUGGUCUUGCCCAAUUGUUGCCAUGCAAUGUGCAUGAAAUGCUUCAAUGACUGGAACAAAAGAUCCAUGUCCUGUCCCUUCUGCCGUGGUAACUUGACGAGUGUCAUGCAGAAGGACUUGUGGGUUCUUACUGGCAAGGAUGAAGUGGUUGACCAGGAAACUGUUUCUAGAGAGGAGUUGCUCCAUUUCUACCUUUAUAUCAAAAGCCUGCCUAAAUAUUCCCCUGUUCCCAAAUUUGUGAUGUACCAUGAGCACUUAAUUUGA